CGCUCGGGCUGCAGGGAGGAGGAUGCUGGAUAUCUGAUAUUCUUGAUUGUCUCACUUAGUUACACACCCAAAAGAGGGGCUGAACUUAAAGGAGCGGUUUUAGAGUUUCACCACUCUUUUGUUUUUGUUUUUUUGUUUUGUUUUGUUUUGUUUUUUUUAAGCAAGAGGUGCCAACUUCACUCUCGCGCAUGAGCCAAUGGUCUCAGAGGUUCAGAUUUCUGUAGACUAAUAAAGAAAUGAAGCAGCAGCAGAGUAAGUGGCCUGAGGGUGAUCCUCCUCCCGCUCCAUCCUCCACCGUGUGCAGAUACAUUAUACUCUGCACCAUCUUGGCGUUUCUCAUCAUCUGUACGUUUGUGGGGGUUGUGAUGGCGUACACGGUACAGAAGGAGCAUUACUUCAUGGACACGGUGGAGUUAAAAGGCCUGCAGUACAAAGCUGACCUCAAGGAUAAAAUGUCUGCAUUUUUUUUAAUCCUUACAGCCACUUUGGAAACAAAGAUGCAGAAUAUUUUCCUUGCAUCGUCGAUUGUACCCCAUUUUGUCUCCUGCCGUAUCGUUGCGUACGGGAACAUCAGUAAUAACGUGAUGGCGACACUUUAUCUGGUGUUCAGAGUGGCCAAAUUUCAAGAACAAUUUACAGAGUACACAGACCGUUUCCUCCAGGAGCAGAUUCAGUACGGCUUUCAGGCUUUAGUCAGUCCGAACCCGCUGACCGUUCCUGAGUUUGGAGAAAUUCAGAGCAUUGUCCUUCUUGGUGCUAGCAAAAAGUCUUUCUAUGUAAUCAACGCUAAUGCAAGCAGAUGUCCUGAUGCCACAUUCACCUGUGCCAGUGGGGAGUGUUUGACUAAACCUAAUCCCGAGUGUGACUCCGUGUCGGAUUGUGCUGAUGAAUCAGAUGAGGCAUACUGCUCGUGUGGCAGGAAGCUGGUGGUGGACAGUCGGGUUGUUGGGGGUCAAAAUGCCGGUCGUGGUGAUUUGCCCUGGCAGGUGAGUCUGAGACUCCACGGCCGUCACACCUGCGGAGCCUCCAUCGUCAACCGCCGCUGGUUGGUCAGCGCUGCACACUGCUUUGAGAGCAGUAAAAACCCGAGGGACUGGACGGUGCUGGUCGGAGCGAACUUAGUGAGUGGUGUGGAGAAAGGAGCAGUCACAGUGAACAUCAAGUCUCUGAUUGUCUCUCCACAUUAUAACCCCAUGAAUUCGGACAAUGACGUGACCGUGCUGGAGCUGGAGAAGCCGCUGAUUUUCACUCCUUUCGUCCAGCCCAUCUGCAUCCCAUCCUCGUCUCACGUCUUCAGUCCUGGACAAGACUGCAUCGUCUCUGGUUGGGGAGCCAUCAAACAGGACAGCAGCAAGGUGCCUCCUACACUCCAAAAAGCCUCGGUGAAGAUAAUUGAUUCAAAAGUGUGUAACAGUUCGACCGUAUACAGAGGAGCCAUCACCAACAACAUGAUGUGCGCUGGCUUCCUGCAGGGAAAAGUCGAUUCCUGCCAGGGAGACUCGGGAGGUCCUCUGGUGUGUGAAAGCAGCCCUGGCCGCUACUUCCUGGCGGGUAUAGUGAGCUGGGGAAUGGGCUGUGCACAGAUCAAUAAACCUGGAGUGUAUUCUCAGGUCACUGUGCUCCGCAACUGGAUCCUGAGCCAUGCUGAGCCCAGUAACAGUCAGGACAGACCCACGAUUCUCAGCGCAACAAACACUGCAGUCCUUCGUGCUAAGGCCGUCACAUCAACUCCUGUGGUGACUGGUAGCAAUACCAGUACUGGAGCUGUAAACUGCAGUGGAAACUUUAACUGUGGUGCAGGAUUGUGUAUCAGCAAGAUCAACCCCGAGUGUGACAGAGUGGCUGACUGCUCUAACGAAGCCGAUGAGAAGAACUGCGACUGUGGCCAGCGACCUGAAUUCAGCCAGAGAAUUGUAGGAGGUGUGAGUGCCCGUCGAGGGGAGUGGCCAUGGGUGGCAAGUCUGCAGUUCCAGCGUUUACAUCGUUGUGGUGCCACCCUUAUACACUGCAAAUGGCUCAUUACGGCUGCUCACUGCUUCAGCAGAAAGGAGUCAAACCCCAGUGGCUGGACGGUGAGUUUAGGCUCGGUGCUCCGGUCCGGAUUGGGAGCUUUGGUCAUCCCAGUGCAGAGGAUCAUCCAGCAUCCUGCCUUCAACAGCAGCAAUAUGGAUUUUGAUGUGGCUCUGGUACUGCUCUCGAUCCCGGCACCGAGCUCCUACACCAUCCAGACGCUGUGUUUACCCUCCCCGACACACAGCUUCUUCAAGGGCACAGAGUGUUACAUCACUGGGUGGGGCUCAAUGAGGGAGGAUGGAAAGUUAACUAAUCAGUUGCAAAGAGCUCAGGUUGGUAUAAUAGACCAAUCUGAGUGUCAGCAGUCUUACGGCAGAAAACUGACUGCCAACAUGAUGUGUGCUGGAUCCAUGGAAGGUGGCAUUGACACCUGUCUGGGAGAUUCUGGAGGACCGUUAGCAUGCCGCGAACCCCGGGGCCGGUGGUUCAUAGCUGGGGUGACCAGUUGGGGUCGAGGCUGCGCUCGAAACAGAUUCCCCGGGGUUUACACGCGUGUCACUGCCAUCAGGGAAUGGAUAUCAACAUACCUCCCAUUUUAAAGAUGCAUGUCUUCUUACAGACUAUUACUUGUGCAUACUUACUUGAAAAGUUGCAUAUUUAUUUUGUGUAUUUAUUAUUGUUUAUGCCAAAAUUUAAACUUUUGAUUCUACUGGAGCUUGAGAACAUUAAACAUUGACCUCAUGUGGUGA